AUGCCGCCAGAAAGAACAACGGUGCCAGUGAAGCUCUCAUUGCCUCUGCAAUAUCAACAAGAGAUCUUCACUGAACUACGUUCCGAAGAUGAAUUGGUCAUUCUGGCCCGUGGGCUUGGUCUUCUCCACCUCAUAACCAAUCUACUUCAUUUCUAUGAUGCAGCCGGAAAUAACCUUGUUUUGGUAGUCGGCGCAGACGACCGUGAGAAUGAGUGGAUUGGAGAAGCAUUGGCGGAGCACUAUGCAACGAGCAAGUCCCCGCUUGCCCGGGGGUUGAAAGUGAUCAACACUGAAAAGGCAACGGUUCCCAUGCGAGAGCGAAUAUAUGCCGAGGGUGGCAUUCUGAGUGUCACAUCCAGGAUACUGGUUGUUGAUUUACUUUCUAAACUUCUCGACCCCGAGAAGGUGACAGGAAUGAUUAUCCUGCAUGCCGAGAAGGUGAUGGCAACGUCUUUGGAGGCCUUCAUAACUCGCAUUUACCGACAGACGAACAAACGGGGCUUUCUAAAAGCCUUCUCUGAUUCACCCGAACCAUUCACGACUGGCUUUGCUCCACUCUCUAAUAUGUUACGCAAUCUGUUCUUACGGAAAGCAUCUUUGUGGCCUCGCUUUCAUGUCUCUGUGGCAGAGGCUUUGGAAGGUAACCGGAAGGCUGAAGUGAUCGAGCUGGAGGUUCCAAUGAGCAACAAGAUGCGCGAGAUUCAGAAUGCGGUUCUUGAAUGCGUCGAGCUAAGUAUUGCUGAACUUCGCAAAUCCAACACAGGUCUCGAUAUGGAAGAAUGGACUUUGGAUAGUGCCCUCCAUAAAAAUUUUGAUGUCUCCAUCCGACGACAGCUUGAUCCGAUAUGGCAUCGCGUCACAUACAGGACACGGCAGAUCGUAAGCGACUUGACAGACCUGCGUGGAAUACUUCAUGCUCUACUCACUUAUGACGCGGUCUCGUUUAUGAAGUACCUCGAUACAAUCGUUUCCGCUCAUUCGCCGCCCCCUGGGUCCAACAAACACAACUAUUCACCCUGGCUAUUUCUCGACGCCGCACACGUUCUCUUCCAAACUGCCAAAUCACGAGUCUACCAGGGCAAAAUGACGGAUGAGAUGUCACGUUCUUGGUCAUCAACCAACUUUUCGGCGGAGCUCAAGCCCGUUCUUGAGCCUCUGCCAAAAUGGGAGGUCCUUGGAGAAGUGCUCGAAGAAAUAGAGCAGGAUUCCUACUUGAAUCCGAUGAACCCAAAUGAAGACUCCAACGGCACGAUACUGAUCAUGUGUGGCGAUCAACGCACAUGCCGGCAGCUGCGGGAGUAUGUGGCCACAAUGCAUGCUAAGGUCUCUUCCGGGUCCAAUGGGGCCGAUGAGAAUAAAGAUAAUCUGGUUGAGGAAGGAUCGUCUUCUGAAUUGAUGAUGCGUCGUCGUCUUCGUGAUUAUCUCAACUGGAAGAGGUCAUUGUCAAACGUCAAUAAGAACUUAUCCCAAUCGGAAGAAGUGACAAAGACAGCGGAGGCUGCCAAGUUUGGCCAACGGCAGGCUAGGCCGCCUCCCAACAAGCGUCGACGAGUACGUGGGGGAGGAGCCGUGAACUCGGCAUCUAGUCGUGUUCCCGACAGCAGCGUGCAAACUCACGUCGAGUUGCCCACUCAAGUGAUCAGUCUCCUUGAAGAGAUCCAGCCAACCGAGGUCGAGGAAGUUCAAAAAGAAGAGAUUGUCGUCGACGAUCUUGAGGACGCUGAGGACUUCUACGAACUGUACGAGAUGAAUGAUUUGGUCAUGAUUCACCCAUACGAUGGCGAUAUGGACGAGCAUAUAUUGGAAGAGGUUCGACCGCGGUACAUCAUCAUGUAUGAGCCGGAUGCUGCUUUUAUUCGGCGCGUUGAGGUGUACCGGAGCUCCCACGUGGGAAGAAUUGUAAAGGUUUACUUCCUCUCGUACGAGGGCUCUGUCGAGGAACAACGAUACUUGAGUGCAGUCCGUCGGGAGAAGGAUUCCUUUUCGAAAUUGAUCAAGGAGAAAGGGAACAUGGCUGUGACUUUGACUCAUGACAAGAGUUCCGCGGAUCCACAAGAGCAGUUCCUACGCACCGUCAACACUCGAAUUGCGGGAGGCGGGAGACUUGCGGCAACCGCGGCACCUCCUCGGGUUAUUGUCGACGUGCGCGAGUUUCGAAGUGCCUUGCCUUCUCUGUUGCAUGGCAAUAACAUGAUCGUCAUCCCCUGCCAACUGACAGUUGGGGACUAUAUUCUCACCCCGGACAUUUGUGUAGAGCGCAAAUCUAUUCGCGAUCUGAUUGCCUCGCUGCGCAAUGGCCGUCUUUACAACCAGGCUGAAACCAUGAUUCAGCAUUACAAGACACCACUCUUGUUGAUUGAAUUCGACCAGAACAAAUCCUUCACCUUUGAUGCCUUUGCAACAAUCUCGACCGGAACGACUUUCUUGACUGACUAUGGCUUCUCGUCCACAGGCCAAGCCACCAGCUCUAGCACCAGCGCUCACACCAAUCCCUCGAAUCCAAAAUCCGCGCAGCACUUGAUCGUCCUCUUGACACUCGCUUUCCCUCGCCUGAAAAUCAUCUGGUCGUCGUCCCCCUAUCAGACGGCGGAGAUCUUUGCGGAGCUCAAGAAGAAUGCUGCAGAGCCCGACCCUCUCCGCGCGGUUCAGAUCGGUCUCGAUAUGGACAUCACAGGGCCUUCUGGAGAUCUCAUGGCCGCAACUGGUAUUGAGCAUCGCAUAUUCAAUCAACUGCCGCAGGAUAUGCUUCGAGCCGUGCCAGGAGUCACACCGAAGGCACUCGACCGACUUAUUCUCGAAACGGAGAAUUUACACGAAAUUGCGAACAUGAGCGUGGAGCAGUUGGAUCCAAUUGUUGGAAAAGAAGCAGCACGAAAGAUUGUAGCCUUUUUCCGGAAAAGUGUGUUUGAUGAUUGA